GUUACUUUCGUAUUUGACAUAGCCGUGAGUAAAAGGCGUAGCUAGUAAACACCACAGCAGACGUCCGAGGCUGAAAACACCGAUUGAUUAAACCCGUGCCCCGGUACAUGCUAAGCCUACCGGUGUGUUUGGUUCUCCUGGUGCCGUCCGCGGUUGUCAUAGUGACUGUCAGCCUCCAAAACACCAGAACUGUCGGGGCGUUAGCCAGCCAGCUAACAAGCUAGCAUAGCCAUCAAGACGUAGCAGCAUCAGUCGCAGCUAGCAUUAGCAUUAGGAGCAGAAGACAAAGAUGAUAGCCCUUAUCAACAAGCUGCUGGACUGGUUCAAGGCGCUCUUCUGGAAGGAGGAGAUGGAGCUGACCCUAGUUGGGCUGCAGUACUCGGGGAAGACGACCUUCGUUAAUGUGAUAGCGUCUGGUCAGUUCAGUGAAGACAUGAUUCCCACAGUCGGAUUCAACAUGAGGAAGAUCACUAAAGGCAACGUCACCAUCAAGCUGUGGGAUAUCGGCGGUCAGCCUCGGUUCAGGAGCAUGUGGGAGCGUUACUGUCGAGGAGUCAGCGCUAUCGUUUACAUGGUGGAUGCAGCAGACCCAGAGAAGAUCGAAGCCUCCAAGAAUGAACUCCACAACCUGCUGGACAAACCGCAGCUGCAGGGGAUUCCUGUUUUGGUUCUGGGGAAUAAGAGAGACCUACCAGGAGCUUUGGAUGAGAAGGAGCUCAUAGAGAGGAUGAACCUGUCGGCAAUCCAGGACAGAGAGAUCUGCUGCUACUCCAUCUCCUGCAAAGAGAAAGACAACAUUGACAUCACUCUUCAGUGGUUGAUCCAACACUCCAGGACUAAGAGGAGUUCCUGAGAAAUGACACAUUCCCAACAGUACAGGCCAAGCCCACCUACCCCAAAUACCCCCCAGCUAUCCUCUCUGUCAUCUACCCCUCUUAAUACCGCCUAACCCCAGUUACCUGAUCCCUCUACACCUUUGGAUGCACUGAUACCUCUUUGUUUUUUUGAUGAAGUAUCAUAGCAGGUCGAACACAUAAGAAACCAAAGCAAAGCCGUGGCUACAGAAUUUCCCCGUGUGCACUGAUGCAGCCAAAAUCAGCACAAGCCCAAAAGGAUCUAGAUGGUCCAUUUCUGGUUCUUCAAAGCAUUAUUCAAAGAAGCAUUAUGUAGAGUAGCGACCUGUAUCGUUCAUGUAUGAAGGCAGACACAUUAAAACCUGUAAGUACUGUGCAUGAUUGCAUGGUAAAAGUGGUAUCUGUGCAUCUUUACAGAUUCGCACAACAGCCGCCAUCAUUACCUGAUUUUAAACAAUCAAAUGUUUUUCAGCCAUUUUUAGUCUUAAUGAUCAGAAGAAGCGGUUAUUUUUGAUUAAUGGCCAUAAAGACACAUGUUAAGCAUUAUUAGCUGGUUAAUGAGCGGCUGUUGUGUCCAUCUUCCCUAAAGAUUUCCCAUGAGCCUUUUCAGCCCCCUCCAAAUGCCAUCACCACAAAUCAUUUAUUUCUUCUCGCCUUUCUCCCAUUUUCCCGUUCUACCUCCAUAUCUUCCAUCCUUCGUAUAAUCCUGAGAACCUCCUCUUCUUCCUCCUUCGUCUGUUGCAAACUGCUUCUCCUCCACUGUAUCCCCUCUCUGUUCUUUUCUUUUGGAUGUUACCUUCGUUCUGUCCUUCCCUGUCACCAAGCCCCGCCCCUCGUCGUCUCCCUCUCUCUCUCUCUUGCGGAGCGAGGGGUUAAAUACCUUUUUAUUGCACUGUUAAUUUUGUUUUUUGUAAGAUAUUAAUAAUGAGAAUAAUGUUAAUAAUCUUCUUAUUGUGACAUAACCUGAUCUGUCCAGACUUAAGGAAAUGGUACUUUAACUGAAGAAGUGUUUAUGUUCAUGUCUCUGUGAUAAGCUUUUUAUUUUGAUUUGUUUUUUUGCUUCUUUUUUUUUUUUAUUGUUGCUUUUUUUUUUUACUUCAUAAGUCGAAUAUGGUUGUCUAACUAGACUAGCGUUUACUGCUCUGAAAUGUCUGCUGAUUGGACAGCGGGGGUCAUGUGAUUACACGCAGCUAUCACAUCAUGUUGGCCAAAAUGAAACUGUGUAGUUUGCUUGACUUGGAGAAACCCUCACGUAUCAGAUCAGAUUGUUCAAUUUACAAGUUUUUAUACACAUAUUUAUUCACCUUAUUAAUGCCUCACAUCAGAUUUGACGUGUUAUUUGUAAUCACCACAAGAUGGCAUCAUAAGUAUCUCCCAUUUUUGUUCAUCUGACUGCAAAUAUGGAUUAAAAAUGAUUUGUCAUUUUGUGCACAGAAAGGUCUGAAAAUGAUCAAAUUCCAUCGAAUGAACAGAAACAGAAUUGAACGAAAGUUUUCACCAGAAACUGGACAUAAUUGCCAGUUUUUAUUAUUUUAAAAUCAAUAUUCCUGUUCACUUUUUUAAUAUCGUGUUCAUAAUUAGAAUUAAGUCAUUAUACAAAUGAACUAAAAUCAGGACCUGGUUAAGAAAGUUAAAAAUUCAGUUUACUCUUUAUUUCCGAGUUUGGAUCACACGUUUUGGAAACGAGUCUUUCACAUUUACUUGCAUAGUUAUAUUUUUGUCUUUUUGGUCAUAGUUUUGCAUAUUAAGUCUUGAAAUGGAUGCUUUUCCUACAAAUCAUGCACACAUAAAUGCACACAUCAUUAUUUUGACACUUGGGAGCCGUGAGCGUCUACAUAAACUCUACAGCAAACGUUUGUAUAUAUAUUGAAAACUUUAUUUUGGGUGUUGCUGGUAUGAUGCUACACAGAUAUCACUUUACUCUUAUUUGUAUAAUUUAUAUUUAUGCUCAGUUAGCUGGACUUGACCUGCAGGCUAAAGUUGAACCUUUAGGCACAGUGUUGACAACAAGUUAUCAGAUAAUUAUGUCAGGUCACAGAAGGUGGUUGGAAGGUCUCUCUCCCAAUAUGGUUUCCAUAACGUAGCACUGGAACACCCUUAACAUUAAUAUGGUUUAGGCAUGCCACGUCACCCGUUUGUCUCAUUUGGAUUUCAUUUUGGUCAACUCCUGUUGGAUCACAUGACAUCCUGGUCCUGGCAGCAGCCAAUCAGACAGGAAAAGGACGAAGCAUUACGUGUUUGUUCUGUAAUUUGGUUGCUUUGCUUAAAUGUGGUCAGACUGCUUUACACUGUCGCGACAAAUACGGUUAGUCUGCCUUAAGAUUUUAGGUAAAGCCUGUGUUCCUGUGACGCAAACAUAUAUGGUACUUUCGUUAAAUAUUGUUGAAAUUGGGAAAAAAACAGGAUUCAAACAGCCCACUUUGCUAACAUUUUCUUGGAAAUCCAGCCAAACCUUUUUUAGAUACCCUGCUAACAACCAACAACACAAACUAAUCUUGUAGCAGUGCAGUCACAGGAGGUCAAGUGGUUCUCUUAAAAGUGCUUGAUUCGUCCAAACAUCAGUUUUAAUUCAAAAUAUUCAAUUUACAGUCUUAAAUAUCACCUUAAAUGGUGAUUGUUAAGAAUGCUGUUGGCCCAGCUGAAAAUCUCUUGAAUGGAAGUUCCAACAAUAAAAGAUUGUGCUUCCAAGGAACUCCACAGAUCACAGAUCAUGUAUGCUUCCGAGAGGUUUGCUUGGUAGACGUAUGACACUGAACUCUUAAAAAUGCUGACUCAGGAAAUCGAGAUUGAAUGUCAGAGGGUGCAAGAUACAUGCUCCCACGCCAAAAAGCAAAGACUGAACUCUAGUUUUUAGCAACUUUGUUCAAAAGCCCUGAGAAAAUUAGCUAAGCGCUCCGCACUGGAGGCUUAAGAUCCAAGCAACUCCAUGCAAAACUUAGAAGAAUGUGAGGUUAAAGUUAUACAGAUAUUAUUACCAGUGGUAUCGCUAAAUCUGCAGUUUGGCCUUCUUUAUCCCGACAGUGAAAAGCUGCUGAUUUCUUAACAACCGCCCAGAGCCAGCGAUCUGAAGGAGCUGUGUUGGUGAGCUGGCAGCCCCAGUAGGUGCAGUAUUUUCAUAACCAACCAAUAGUAAGCACAACCAGCGCUAGAAAAGAGAAAACUGAAUCUCCCUCAGCCUCAGAAAGCUCUGUUUGCUCUCCAGCUGCUCCAGGUUUCAGGUUCUGGUGUUUUCUGAACCAGACAACAGUUUCUGACUUUGUCCACUCGAGAUCAAGCCAGCAAAGUCUUUUCUUCUUUUCUUUCGGUUUAGUUAUCGGAGCCAUCAGACAGACUUAUCUGCAGAGGGGAAUUUACAGUAGAGUCUCUCCGUCUUUUACUUUUUAUUUGGGAAAAUGGACAGUCUAUACCUGAACAGUGGAGAUUCAUCGUUUCAGUUCCACCUCGGCUCGUAAACUCUGACAUUCACCAGCCACUUUGACUAGUUUACCAGCCUGCCAAGAGUCCAUUAAGGCAGAUCAGCACCAUUCAACAACAGCUGUUGGUUCUUUUUUGUCCUUGUUAUUCUGAAUGUGUGAAACUUGAAAUCCCCCUGCAGGUCUGCUCUGAUUGGCUCUGGCCUCUUCUGUUUGCAUGCUAAGGACAGGAAUUAUAUAUCUGUGGGACCUGAUGAUGUAAAUGCAUAUUCUGGUGUAACUUUACCAUAAAAUGGCCUUAAUCCAGUGUGUCAACUUGAGUAUUAGCAUCAGAAAAGUAAUGCAAGUGCACAAGGGGUAAUGAAGGUAAAACAGUGCAAUAAAGUAUUGACAUGUGCUUAAAUAUUGUGUUUUUAUGACUGAGGAGAAUCACACAAAGCUUGCAGUGCUUUUCCUACAGGUGAAUACACUGGAAUAUGGUCACUGGGAUAGAAAGUUUGACCUGAUUUUUGCUUUUUUUGUUUUUUUAUAUAUGGCAGAUAAUCUAGUGAAGACCAGUGAUCCUGCAUGUGCAAAACAAUUGUGCAGGAUGUGUUGUAAAAUGUUUCAUGGUCAUCCUGUGCGCUUACGUUCAGAAAGCUGUCAAGAUUUUUGCAUAAAUCAGCAGCAAAACCUGAGAAAUCCACACCCUAAACAUGUAAAUAGUAACAGUGUUGCACUUUUCAAACCAAGCUUUUUGUUCAUCUUUCAAAAAUUACUGCAGAUACUCUCAAUUUGUCAUUACGUGUGCACCCAGUACUGGAAAUCCUUUUCAUCAGGUUUAUAAUUUUACAUUUUUUUCAUAACUUAUUGAUUUAUUAUAAGUGAAACAGCUUUCACACCACUUCAACCACUUUAAGAGUUAACAUUGUAACCUUCAAGAAAGAGAAACGUACCAAAACAAAGUAAACUAAAACUCAGCGAUGCCCUGAGGUUUUGGUUUUAAGUGAAGCCGACUCUAAAGAACAAAACCCGAAGCGUCUCUGCUCUGAUGCUGACUGGAUUCUUUGUGCUCAUGCUGCUGAUUCUGUGGUUUUGUGUGUCAGAGUUUGCACAUGCAGGAUGAUCACAGUGAGACAGCCUGUCAUUUUGAACCUGUUUGUACAUUAUUGGUUAAUUAAGUUGAUAUAAUGUGUUUUAAUAGAAACAUGCUUGUGUAUGAUACUAAUUAAAAACUAUGGCGAAAAGUGA